CUCUCCAUAUACCUUAACAAAAUCUUUUGCACUUCACUUUCUCCAAACCUACUCAAUCCCAUUCUAUCUAUAGCUUUCUUUCUUUCUUUCUUUACCCACAAAUCAUUCUUUCUUCUCCUAUCAUUUCCUUUAACUAGUUAUAGCAAUGUCCACCUCAAAAACCUUAGACAAACCCUUAUUUGAACCAGUUAAUAUACAUGGUGGUAUUGCACUAAUUCAAAGAAACACUUCCCCAUCUCAGAAUGGUGAAAGAAGAGGAAGAAGAAAGCAACCAGAACCAGGGAGAUUCCUUGGAGUAAGAAGGAGACCUUGGGGUAGGUAUGCUGCUGAAAUUAGAGACCCUACAACUAAAGAAAGGCAUUGGCUUGGUACAUUUGAUACUGCUCAAGAAGCAGCUCUUGCUUAUGAUAGGGCUGCCCUUUCGAUGAAAGGUACCCAAGCAAGAACAAACUUUAUAUACACUGAUAAUGGUUCCUUUCACUCUCUUCUCACCCCAUUUGACGUUCAAGCUUUCUUUCCACCACCUCAGUUUCUUACUAGCAAUGUUCAAGGUAAUAAACAACAGCAACAGCAGCCCAUUAACCAAAACAUUAGUCCUGUCAAUAAUCUCGAGACUCGUCAUCAGAAUGAGACUCUCAACCAAUCAAGUAGUGACAGGAGUGGUGCUGAAACUUCAACUGAUCAAUCAGCAUAUGAUCAUAACAGUUUCUUCUUUUCUAAGGAUGAUUAUUCUAACUCAGGCUACUUAGGCUGCAUUGUUCCUGAUAACUGCCUAAAACCACCUUCCGAUCCCCCAAGUUAUACAAACUCCACUUCUAACGAGUCCAAAUCUCCAAAAGAUCAAAACUUUAUCUCCAUUGCUGACCAAUCACAUUUAAAUAAUUAUGCAUUUCCUCAAGAUACUACAAGUGCAUCAACUAAACCGCUUAACUAUCCUGCAAACUUUCCCUGCUUUGACGACAUCAGCAAUGGAAUAAUAUGGGGAGACCAGCAGCAGCCGUGGGAGUUGAGUUCGGAUGACCUUUCGGCAAUUAUCAAUUAUAACCCAUUAAUGGUAGGAGAUGUGUGCAUGGAAGCUUUGCAUCCUAGUAUUAGUAAUCCUAGCUAUGGUUCAGUGUCUCAAGCUGCCGCGACCACUUCGUCAUCAGUAUCUUGCUCUCCAUCAUAUCCUUAUUAUGGCGACAGUGCAGUAGACUUUGGCUAUUCACUCUUUUGAGUAGGGCUUGUUAGGGUGCAUCUGCAUGCACUGAAUCCUAUUUAGUAAUAUGUUCGUUUUCAUGCACUUCCGUUUAUCUCUUUCUUUUAACCUUUUAGUUUAUUCGCAAAUCCUUUUUACUGUAAUUAGACAUGUGAGCAAGAAAAGAGAUGGAAUGCGCAUCGUCUGCAGGUCGUAUGAGUUCUAAAAAAGAAAGUUGGUUUGAAAAGUUGCUUGUUUCAAGGGCAGAAAGUGUUACUUAUCUUUGCUCAUUAUUAGAUACGCAAAAUAUAUAUUGACUGCUUGGUGUCUCUGUUUUUACGGCUAUUUGCCCAUCUUUUUUUCGACAAUGCAAACCUCACUUAUAGCCCAUGACGCAUGCCAUUCUCAAAGCACAACAAUAACACCAUUAUUAAUUAUUCA